AUUUUCUUCCUUGUAUGAAGAUCUGAAGGGUCGCAGUAAACCGGUAAAUCCCUAAUCGAAGUCCUCCAGUUCUCUCAACGCGACCAUGGUGCCGACGGCGGAGGGGUUGGAAACGCAGGACGAUUCCAAACGUCCUAGAAGAUUUGCGACGGUAGAUCAUUCGAUCAAUUACUCCGAAUUCCAGUAUUAUCUUUCCAACUCACCGGAUUCAAUGGAACUCAAAGAUUCGUUCCAGGAGAUUGAAGAACUCGACGCUGAUUGGAGUUGUGAGGAGGAUAGACGUAAACAGCGGCCGCCGAUUAGGAGUAAAACCAAGGGAAGGGAAGAGGAAGAUGUGGAGAAGAGUGGGUGCGGGAGGCGGGGGAAAAGAAGUAGGGGUUCCACGGUGGAAAAAGGUGGCGGAUUCGAUUCGUGUAGGAAGAGGAAGAAAAUACCGGCUUCAUCCUCCAUUCCUUCUUUGCAUCCUAAAGUCCUUAUUGACGGCAAUGUGGAGUCUCCCUGCUCGACAUCUUCUUCCGUUUCUUCCGUGGGAAAUCUCCACAGAUGCGAGAAGAAUUCUGCAAAGACGAUAUGCAUUAAGCGCAGAACAAUUGGGAAGGAGGAUAUGGUUUCGAAUGGCUCAAGUUAUCUCAAGAAUCAGGACAAAACUGGAAGCAGGUGCCGAAAGAUGGCUGAUGAGAUGAGCUUGAAGGCUUUGCCAUCAUGCGAUGAAACUUAUGUCUGCGGAGUUUGUAAGAGGCCGCAUAAGGCAUCCAUGACUCCUAGCAGAGAUUUUGAUAGACUUCAUAAAGUUGAAAACAACGUUCGUGUGCUUAAUCUUCUGCUGCCUUCUUUAAAACAAUUGAAUCAGGAGCAAGACAUUGAAAAGAAAAUUGAGUCAAACAUUCAAGGUUUGCCGUUAUCUGAGUUGAGGAUUCAGAAAUCCACUUGUGAAAAAGAUGAGAGAGUAUAUUGCAACUACUGCAAAACAUCUAUUGUCGAUCUUCACCGAAGCUGCCCUAGUUGUGAAUUUGAUCUAUGCAUAACUUGUUGCAAAGAAAUACGCGAGAACAAUCUUUCUUGUACAGAGGAAUUACUGCCUCCUGUAAAUAGAGGAACGGAAUAUUUGCAUGGUGGAAAUUCUGCCCAGAUGUUUGCAGCAGAACAUGAGAAUGGAGAUAUGUCAAUGCAUUACCGUAAUGAAUUUGCUAAGUGGAAGGCUGAUCAAAAUGGGAAAAUUUGUUGUCCACCGAAGGAAAUUGGAGGGUGUGGCAGUGCUGUCCUAAAAUUAAAAUGCAUGCUUGCUGAAGAUUGGAUCUCAAAACUGGAAGACAAGGCUGAAACCCUUAUAGUAAGUUUUGGAUUCCUACAAGAUUCUAUUACAACUAGAAAUGCAAGCUGUAGUUGUUCUAAUACAAGCAAAAGUUCUAGAAAAGCAGCUUCCAGGAAAGAUUCAGCAGACAACUUUUUAUAUUGUCCAAAUUCUAGCUGUAUUGAUCUGAUUGAACUCAAGCAUUUCCAAAAACAUUGGGCUAAGAGUGAGCCAGUGAUUGUGCGUGGCGUUCUUGAUGAGAAAUCACAUUUAAGCUGGGAGCCAAAGGCUAUGUGGAAAAAUUUAUGCAGAAGCAAGAUUAGUUCAGAAUCAUUUCAACUUCAGACUAUCGACUGCCUGGCCCUUUGCAAGGUUGAGAUAGCGAGUGAUGACUUUUUUGAGGGCUACUUUGAAGGACGAAUGUAUGCCAAUUCCUGGCCAGAAAUGCUAAAACUGAAGGAUUGGCCUACAUCAACGCAUUUUGAAGAUUGUUUACCAUGCCAUGGGAAUGAAUUUAUCAAUUCACUACCAUUUCAGGAGUACACAAAUCCCCGAACGGGUCCUUUAAACAUUUCUACAGCUCUUCCCAAUGAAAUGUUAAAGCUGGACAUGGGGCCGAAAUCAUAUAUUGCGUAUGGAAUGAGAGAAGAACUUGGCAGAGGAGAUUCAGUUACCAAGAUUCAUUGCGAUGUUUCAGAUGCAGUAAAUGUUUUAAUGCAUGUUGCAGAGGUCUUGCCUACUGAAGAGCAGAAGUAUGCAAUAGAGAAGUUGAAGAAGUUGCACAGAGAUCAAGAUGAAAGAGAGAAAUGUAGUAGCUUUCAUGGAGAAGAGACUUGUAGCAGGAUGGAGGAAACAUAUGUGGAUGAGUUUUCGGACCUCGGGAAUGAAAAUGAUCAGCAGAAUAAAAUUCAAGAUGGAGGUGCUCUAUGGGACAUAUUUCGGAAAGAAGAUGUAGAACCGCUGAAAGCAUAUCUUAGAAAGCAUUCCAAGGAAUUCCGCCAUACUUAUUGUUCACCACUUGAACAGGUAUUUAAUCCAGUCCAUGAUGAGGUGUUCUAUCUAACCUCGGAACACAAAAGGAAGCUCAAGGACGAAUUUGGGAUAGAGCCAUGGACAUUUGUUCAAGGGCUAGGAGAAGCAGUAUUCAUCCCUGCAGGCUGUCCACAUCAAGUGCGCAACCUUAAGUCUUGCACGAAAGUUGCCCUUGAUUUUGUCUCUCCUGAGAAUGUAAGCGAAUGCAUACGCUUGACUGGGGACUUCAGAUUGCUUCCCCAAUAUCACAGGGCAAAGGAAGACAAACUAGAGGAACGUUGGUUGGAUAGAAGGGGUGUGAUGAGGUGGGCGGAAAUUCCGGUUCAACAUGAGAUUGGGUGAUUGGUGAAAAAUUGUUCUAGGGGACGCUUGAGGAGAACUUGUGCCGAACAUUUUCAUCAUAUUAUAUGUCAAGCUUAUAAACUUGUGAAUGAUGAUAAAACUCCCUACUUGGGUGAGUAGACUGCACAUAAGUAUAUGUAUGUA